AUGUCUUUAUCGGCCGUUGAACGUCUGCCGCCUGAGAUUUGCCUGCAGAUAUGCGAACUGCUUAGAGAUACACAUACGCCAAGCAUAUACAGCUUCUCGCAGACGAGCAGUACAAUCAGAAAAACUGCAAACAUGGUCAUAUUCCAGAAAGUCAUGCUUCCCAUACACAAUCAUGAUAGCGUCGAGAAGGAUGUACAAAGUCUCCUUGAUACUCUGGGACCCAUUACCGCUCUCGAUCACAUACGCAAGCUAAGGCUCUGUCAUGCUUGGAACUACCCUGGUGCCGACCAAAAAGCUCGCCGAGGAUCUGCAUCUUGGCCUCGUAGUGAUAUGGCGCCCGCCGAGGUUGUCUGGACAUACGACCAUGCUUGGACAUCCAUGUCGAAUAUGUUGCGGCGAUGCCCUGCUCUCUCAGACCUCCUCUGGGAGAUUAGACACCAGAUCCCACCUUGUGUGCUUGAUACAAUACAUCGAUACCAUCCUGGUUCUCGUCUACAUAUGAGAGCCUUUUGUGCCCGAAGUCUGCUUGAAUCCGAGAUAGACAAGCAUGAAUUGGCCAUUGUGACUUCACCAUGUCUACACAGCAUCUGGUUCACAUACAUGGAGCCUGAUGAAGAGGCUUAUGCCAGUCGGUCACAACGAGUUGUUCAGCAAGUGCUUGCACGCUUGGCACCGAAAGUCGAAGAGGUGCGCUUUCGGCGGACAAUGAUGCCACAUCGCGGAAGUCUGCCACAUCCAGAGACGGAACUACCUAUGGAAAGGGGUGCCAUAAAUCCGUCCACAAGUUUGAGGCGACUGGAAAUAAACGCCAUGGCCAGCCUGGAUCGAGAAGAAUUAAAGAGCUGGCACACACAUGUUGAUUUCUCACGUCUGCAUACUCUGGUUCUGAACACGUUGAUUGGUCUAGAUGCACUGGUCUGGCUGAUAGACUGUGAUUUUGCGUCAUUGAAAGUUCUCAAGCUUCAGUGGAAUGAUCGAAACAGCCAUGAAAGUUCCCAGAAGAAGUCGACUGCGACGUUGUUCAUUGUGGAUUUGUUGCCACUCUCAGAGCUUGCUAUUGGGUGGCGAUUCAGAGAUAUGAAUCCAAUAUACCAAAGGCACGGCGCCAGUCUCCGUACAUUGCGCUUGCCAAACCGGUCCGCACGUGAGACUCGUGACGCAGUCUUCGUGCUUCAGGACAUACGAGAUCAAUGCCCACUGCUCGCGGAGCUUGAGUUUACGUUCCCAAGAGAUCAAGGCAGUAUCACCGAGGUAGCUGUCUACAAGACGUUUGCUACCUUCCCAGCUCUCCAACGGCUUAUCCUAGGACUUCGCUUCAAGAAUUACAUCAUGGAAGACGGGCGACUGGCACACUACGACGAAUUUGAUCGGCGGCGCUUCUCACAAGAUAUGAUUCACGGACCUCGUUACGGCGAUGUUCGCAGAGCGCUCAUUGAUAGAGCAAUCGAUGAGCACUUUGCAAGAACUGUAUAUCGUCUUGCAUCACGCGCCAACUGCUUCCUAAGUCAGCUUGAUUUAAGAAUCGAUUCUAGUAUCAUAGGCUACCCUUAUGUAUUCAGGAACAUACGAACCCCGGAAAGCCAACUCUCUGUUGUCUUUGAGUAUAUUUGCAGAUCUUGGACCGUGGAACCAGGCGUUCGGGAUGAUUAUCCAAAUGAAGUCGUGACACGAGAGGUGGACACAUCUUGGGAAGACGAACCUGCUCCCGAAGAGCUCGGACCUCGUACCAAGAAAGUUUUCAGACGGAUCUGGCCUGGAAAUGAAGAUGGAAGUAGCGACUGGCGAACCGACUGGCACAGUUUUCUAGAAUAUGACGAUGGAACAGAUGAGCCCGAGAGUCCUCAUGUCAGUCAAGCUUGA